CGUCACUUCCUGUUUCUUUAGGGGAACGUGGCUUUCCCCGCAGUGCCUCUUCUCCAUCUACGUUCGUGCUGCGGCGGCCGGAGCUGGAGUCGGAGCCCGAGCGCAGCCUCGCCAUGGAUUCGGCCCUCAGCGACCAGCACAACGGCAGCGCCGAGGCUGGCACCCCAGCCAACGGCACGACGCGGCCGCCCUCCACGCCCGAGGGCAUCGCGCUGGCCUAUGGCAGCCUUCUGCUCAUGGCGCUGCUGCCCAUCUUCUUCGGCGCCCUGCGCUCGGUGCGCUGCGCCCGCGGCAAGAGCUCUUCGGAAAUGCCAGAAACCAUCACCAGCCGAGACGCUGCCCGAUUCCCCAUCAUCGCCAGCUGCACACUCUUGGGGCUCUACCUCUUUUUCAAAAUAUUCUCCCAGGAGUACAUCAACCUCUUGCUGUCCAUGUAUUUCUUCGUGCUGGGGAUCCUGGCCCUGUCCCACACCAUCAGCCCCUUCAUGAAUAAGUUUUUUCCAGCCAACUUCCCAAAUCGCCAGUAUCAGCUGCUCUUCACACAGGGCUCUGGGGAAAACAAGGAAGAGAUCAUCAACUAUGAGUUUGACACUAAGGACCUGGCGUGCCUGGGCCUAAGCAGCGUCGUGGGUGUCUGGUACCUUCUGAGGAAGCACUGGAUUGCCAACAACCUGUUCGGCCUGGCCUUCUCCCUUAAUGGGGUAGAGCUCCUGCACCUGAACAACGUGAGCACUGGCUGUAUCCUGCUUGGAGGACUCUUCAUCUAUGACAUCUUCUGGGUAUUCGGCACCAACGUGAUGGUGACUGUGGCCAAGUCCUUUGAGGCACCAAUAAAAUUGGUGUUCCCCCAGGAUCUGCUAGAAAAGGGCCUUGAAGCGGACAACUUUGCCAUGCUGGGACUUGGAGACAUUGUCAUUCCAGGGAUCUUCAUUGCGUUACUGCUUCGUUUUGACAUCAGCCUGAAGAAGAACACCCACACGUACUUCUACACCAGCUUCGCGGCCUACAUCUUCGGCCUGGGCCUCACCAUCUUCAUCAUGCACAUCUUCAAGCAUGCCCAGCCGGCUCUCCUGUACCUGGUCCCCGCGUGCAUCGGCUUUCCUGUCCUGGUGGCACUGGCCAAGGGAGAAGUGGCGGAGAUGUUCAGCUACGAGUCCUCGGCUGUAAUCCUGCCUCAUACGCCGAGGCUCACUCACUUUCCCACAGUCUCGGGCUCCCCUGCCAGCCUGGCCGACUCCAUGCAGCAGAAGCUAGCUGGCCCUCGUCGCCGGCGCCCGCAGAAUCCCAGCGCCAUUUACGAGGAGUCCAACCCUAAAGAUACAGCAGCCGCGACCGAAUCCAAAGAGGAGUCACCAGAGGCGUCGGCAUCUAAGAGGCUAGAGAAGAAGGAGAAAUGAGGCAGCGCUGCCUGACCCUUGAGGGCCAGACCGGACAGGCAGGGGCUGACCUGUAGGCGACACAGAAGAGAAGACACCUGCAGGAGGCGAAGGUGGCUCCAGGAUGGGGAGCGGGCCUCUGCUGCCUGUCUCCUCUCCCCUUUCUCUGGCUUCUGCUCCUCCUCAUCCCCUGCAGGCAAAGGCACCCUCUGCUGCUUCCUUCCCCAGGAGCCAGGUGGGAACUGAAUGUGGUUUUUGAUUUUUGUAUUGUGAACUGUCUUUGCCUCACAUUAAAAACUUACCCCGUGGCUGCUAGGCCACUGUGUGCCCA